AAAAAGAAACAGUUCUGUGUUUAGAAUGUGAGCCUACAUUGUUGUGUCGUGACUUCCAUCCAUGUCUCUAUACUUAAAAGCCACGCAUGGGUUUUGCAGUGGUUCUUGCAGGCUCAGUUCUCCGUUCGCUUUGUGGAUUCGCGUGUGUGUAGCGUUCUUCUAGCAUCGUGUCUCUGUUUGUCAUGUGGUGCUUCAUUGGUUGACGCUUCUAACAGCAUGCAAAGACACACCGUCUCGUUUGGUAUGAUUCAUAAAAAAAAACAAAAAACAUUUGAACAUUUAGUUGGUCCGAGAAGUAAAUAAGAAUAAUUCUCAAGUUUUAUCACUGGUCAUGUAACUCUUAGUGGGUCUUGUGGUUGCUUCACUUUGAGAAAAAUCAUUAUACGUGUAAUAAUAAUAAUAAUAAUUUUUUUUUUUAAAUGUAAUAAUAAUUACAAUAUACAUGACAUAACAACAAUAAUUAAAAAUGUAAAAAUGUAGAGAAUUUGGCUAAAUUUAAAACAUAGAUGUCAGAAAAGAAAGUAAUUAUAAGAAAAGCUGUAAAAUGUUAGCACUUUAUUGAUCAAGUAACUCUUGGUGGGUCUUCUGGAUGAAAAGUUAUGAUAUUAAUACAAAAAUCAUAAUUAAAAUGUAGGAAAAUAAUCAGAAUUAAUAAAAUCAUGAAAAAUGCAGAGAAUUUUGCCAAAGUAAAAAAGGGAAAUGUCAGAGAAGAAAAUUAAUGAAAAAUAAUACUAAGAAUGAUUCAAAAUUUUUUAGGACUUUAUUAACUCCUAGUGGUUCUUCCGGAUGCUUCAAGAUGAGAAAAGUCAUGAUAAUCAUAAAGAGUCAUUUAAAUCUACAUUUUAUGUUAAUAAUGUCAUUAGAAUUAAUAAAACAAUAGAAAAUGUAGAGAAUAUGGCUAAAGUAAAAAAAAAAAAAAAAAGACGUCAAAGAAGAAAAUAAUUUUUAAUUUUAGCACUUUAUUUCUCAGGUAACUCUUAGUGGGUCUUAUAGAUGCUUCACUAUGAGAAAAGACAUUGUAGUAAUAACAAAUAUGAUUUUAAAUAUAUAUUUCAUGAUGAUGAUGUCAUUAGACAAAUGUAGGACAUUUGGCAAAAAAAGAGGGAACAAUUACAAGAAUAAUUACACUAUAAUAUUAUUAUAUCGCCAAUAUAUUAUUAACAUAACUGAGUAUUGUGAUGUAGUUCUUUUCAAGGGUAAAAAUAGCAAACAGGGGUGUUAUUAUUGUAGAAAAGCUAUGAUUUUUUUUAAUUCUCUGAAGUCAUGUAAAAAGCAAGAAUAAUAAAGGCCAUUCCCCAAGGUGAAAAGCACAAACGCACACACCAUGCUGUUGUGUCUUCGAUGUGCUUUUGGCUGUGCUUUGCUCAUGAGUGGAUCAUAAGAUGAUUAAAAAAAUAACAAAUGGCUCCACUCUUCACACUACACGUGUCAAAAGAGCAUCCGGGGCUGAGCCUCAGGCUUUAAGAAGGACACGUGAUGUACACUAGGAGGCGCAACUGCUGAUGCAGUGGUUUUUUUAUGUCUGUGUGUGUGUGUGUGUGUGUAUGUGCAAACACGUGAGAGUCCAAUGACUUGAUUAGUUUUUGUUCGAAGCGAUCAAAGUGAUAUUUAUUGGAUUAGGAAUGGCUGCACUGAACUCAAAUUAGGGCCGGGCGAUUUUGGCAAAAAUCAAAAUCACGAUGAAUUGAACCUCCAACCUGGAUUUUGAUUACUGUACGUUAUAAGCGAGUACAUUUUUGAUGCCUACUGAUGCCCUACUGAGACUUCUGCCCCCGCAACCCAGACCCGGAUAAGCGGAGGAAAAUUAAAUGGAUGGAUGGAUUUUUGAUGCAUUCCGAUGACGCGAUGUUUGUGAACGAAAUUACUCUACAGAUUUUUCUUCACUUGAUUUAUUGUUUUAAGUCAGCGUAGCUACAAUUCGAUUACCUUGUCAUUUGCCAAAUCUCCAAAGAUGAAGCCAUGAAUUUAACUCUGGUCUGUGCUAUGCUAACACACUGAACAGAAACAUAUUGAGAAUCACUUUUUAUUAGGGGUGUAAUUCUCGGGCCGAUAUGAGGGAAUUACGCCAUACCGAUAAAUGUGAUAUCAUUUUUUGUUCAGAAAAAAAUGUCUUGUAGGCACAAGGCCUGGGACGACAGCAAAUAAUCACACAAUAAAUCCAAAUGAACUGGAUCAUUUUGCCUGCCUCAAUAUAUUGCCAUGUGCAUGCGCGUCUGUUUUCCUCGUCUCACGCCUCCAAACAAGCAGGAACAGGUUCAGUCUGUGCAUCGCCAUCAGUACCUUGGUGCGUUUGUUCCGUAGAACAAUGGCAUGAACGUAGUGAGCCCUUUUGACAGUCAUACAGUCAGUCUCUUUGUCUCGGUGGGUGGAGGCGGAGCCACGAGUAUUCACACAAAGCGUAAUGUAGUAGAAAUUAAAUUAGUAGAUUGCAAUAUGUUUUCAUAUAAUUGUUCUUUUGUACUUUUCUGAAAAGUAAUGUUAAAAUCUCGUCUCGUCUUGUCUCAAGCUCGUGUAUCGUAUCGUCUUGUGAACUGCGUGUCUCGUGACACCACGAAAGUGGUUCGGCCCGCAACAUAUCAGUAGAGAGGCAAAAAUGUCAUCACUGAAUGUCUUGUUUUGCCUAAAACACAAAGAUAAUGUGUCUGCUUUCAUGGAUGACUAAGGAAAUUAGAAAAUGUUCACAUUCACAAAAAAAAGAAAAAAAGGGAAAAAAAAUAAAGAAAGGGAAUAAAGAGAAAAUAUUUACAUAUUCACAUAUUUACAUUUUUAGAUCAAAAAACGAUCAGUUGAACACCAAAAUAGUUGUCGAUUACUUGGAUAAUUAAUAUUUUGUAUCCCUUUUUCUACCAAAAAAAAUCAGUAUUAAAAGAUAUUACGAUAAAUAUCAAAUAGGAGCUGCCUUUUUGAGGGGCGACAUUGAUUUGUUCAAGCAGCUAUUAAUUGGGGCACGGCAUCUAUUAGAGUGGAGGGGUCUUAUUAUACAAGCUGAGCUUCUUCAUGAGCUUUUUCACUCAAGUGGAUGAUAUACCCUGCAAGCGAUUGGUGGUCGGGCGUCUAUUUGAGUGGAGGCCACUAUUUGAGGAAAUUUGGUGUUAGUAGAUAUUGUUUAUGUGUCAAGAAGGUAGCGUUGUCUUGUGGUGCAAUUGCAUUUAAUGACAUGCAAAGGUGUUCCUUCUGGAUCUUUUUAGUGGAACACAACAUAGAAAGAAAAUAUACAAAUUUGACUCAACUUCCCCGUUUAGCCUUUUCCCCUCCAGCACAAGAGGCGGUAACCAUGGCAACAGUGGAUGAAAGCUAGGCUGAAGUCUAGCCAGUGCUCAGUGAGCCACUUAAGACACAAAACUUUGUUCCCUCUUUUCCUUUGCAUGUUCAACUCUCUCUGGGUACCAGUCAGUACUCCUUCUCUUCCUCAUGCUUGCUCAUUCCUUAUUUAUUUUCUCCAUCGUCCACAUCUUUCCUCACCUCCAAGAGGGACGUCUGUCCUCCUCUCACACUUGCCAGCCUCUCAUCCUGUGAUGCAGUCAACGUUCAUUUUAAAACACACCACGCUUAGAAAUGACAUCAGUUUGUAAAAGUAGCUAAAAGUCAUCUGGCGGACUUUCCGACUACAAACGCGAUGCUCAUUUGUAAACUGUCACUGCAAAUGUCUUACCGACUUUUAUCGUCACACGGGUUGAUCACAAGACUCAACGAUGUAAUUUUUGCUGUCCCUAACAGUUUGGCCAGAUGUGUAAUUACCCGUUUGCAGCCUAAUUACGAGGGAUAUCCCGAUAGGAUCUUCAGGAUCAGGAUCAGCUGCCGAUCCACUAUUUGGAAGAUCGGAUAAAAUCGGCAUCUGCCGUACGGGUUGCCGUAUAACGUUUGUAACUCUUGGCCACACUCUAACUCAGUACGGUAAUGCCCCUCACUGUGCCCAGACUGCUGUGUUAUGUGGUGGGGAGCUCGCACGGGAAAUGUCGCUCUAACUGCUGCUUGUUUAUGCUGGGAACUGUCAAUAAAUUACAAAUGCGUUGAAGAGAAUUUGUUAAAAAUGUCGUAUAGUCUAAACCACAAAAAAGUGUAAAAAAAAAAAAAAAAAAAAAAAAAAAAAAGGAUUGUGUCGGAUCGGAUUGGCAAGACUAUAAAAAAAUCGGAUCGGAUGCCGAAAAAUGUGGAUCGGGACAUCCUUACGAAUGACAUCCUUAUGAAUCACAUCCGUCCGCCUGUCAGUCAUCUGUUGCUUGGUCGAUGACAGUCCUGCUGGUGUUAGCACACGCUCAGCUGUCAGUCGAAACCAAUCUUAUAUACUGUAUCAGUAGUCCCUUCUAAGUCCUCUCUACAAACACGUCUCUCUGCCAAAACAAGACCCCUAUUGAUUUUGAGGGCUGUCCAACCCAACAUGACCCUAAACUACACAAAGUUGAUUCAUGCAUGGGUGAAUUUCCACAGGAUUCCUUAUUUAUAGAUGGAAUAUUUUCAUAGAAAACUACCUUCUAAAUAUUGUUUUUAACAUUAUGAGAGCCCUUGAGACAUGAAAUAACACCCCAUAGUCACCUUUACAUUCCUAUUACCCAAUAUAGUAGACAUAAUAAGAGAAAAUAAGACAUAAAACAUAAUAUAGAUCUAUGUUAGCAUUGGGAGAGUUCCUUGUUGUUCUUUUUUUACUUCCUGUUCUUUACUGUACUUCCUGCGUUGGCUAUUGUUUCAUCAAUGUAACAUUACUGACACGUAGUGACAUUAAGACAUUUUUAUGCUUUCAAAUGCUUCGUUUAGGCCAAAAACAUGUCAAAUUUUCUUAUGCAUAUUUUUCACUAAUAAUAUCCGUAGUCAAUGGCUAAAGAGCAAGGAACCGCGAUAAACUCAGACCAACUCAGAGUUCCCACCUCUGUAGCCGACUGACAGAUAUUUGACAGAGCUCACGUCUUUAUUUUAAGAUGCGUAGUGAAGCCUGUUUGUUUUCUUGGGUGGGAGGUUGAUGCAUUCUGCAUAAUAGGGGGCUUUUAAGUCAUCACGUCAGCGGGUGUAUGCAGUGACCCGGGCCUAAAUCUUCCCAGUAGCCCACCCCUGAGCCUCUCCAAGUAAAAUAUCUGACCCUGUCUCACUGGUGGUCCCCUUUUUGUCUUCCAUCAGCUGUCCAUUACAUCCCUCCUUGACUGAUCUACGGUCUGUGUGAGACACAAACACUGCCGAGGCGGCAGGGAAAAAUCCAGAAGCAGCAGAAAUAUUUAAGCAAAGGGUUAGUUUGUCUUAGCAGUCAAUCACUGGCACGUUCAGAUAAAGGGAUUCUGACAACUAAGAGUAAUGAAUAGUGUCAAAUAUCAUAUAUUAUAUACAGUACAGGGAUGGCCAGGUUAUUCUGCAAGAUAAUUAAGGACGAAAUUGGGGACAGAAAAAAAUCAAUACUGCAGCAAUGGUGUGACAGAGUCUGGCACCUAUUAACCUGUUCAUAGCCCUUAGGUGGGAUAUUUGUGCUCUAUGUGGAUUUAGAUCAUGUACAGUAAUCUCUCACCGCUUCCAAUAUCACGGAUUUUCAAAAAUGCACUACACUGGUCACUGGGUGUCAAUAAUGUUACAUUGGUGACACAAUAACCACCGCAGGAAGUACUGUACAGAACAGGAAGUAAAAAAAAAAGAACAAGAACCUCAUAUCGGGUGUCCACAGUGCGGCCCGGGGGCCAUUUACGGCCCUCGGCACAAUCAAACAAUACAAUUAAAUAAAAAAACAAAAAAAAGCAACAGUAAAAAAAAAAGCAACAUUUUUCAAGAAUUAAGACAAAUAUAGUCAAAUAAAGUCAUAAUAUUAAGAGAAAAAAUAGCUUUAAGUUGAAAUAUUAAAGACUAAAAUAUUAAAGAGAAAAACAAAAAGGAAUAAAGUUUAAAUUUUAGGAAUAUUAGGUUGGGUAAAAGCCAUAAUAUUAUGAUAAUGAAGUCUAAAUAUUAUGAAAAUAAAGACAUGAUAUUACAAGAAAAAAGUGUAUGAGAAGAAAGGAGAAAGGAAAAAUGAGCAAAGAAAUGUAACGAGACAAAGUUCAUCCUAAUAAUACGCUUAGUCGGCGAUAAAACAAAGCUGAGCUGGAGUUGUUUUUUUCUUUAAAUAUGAAAAUGUCUCAGCAUAUCUACAUGGGUUAGUUUAAAAAAUAUGUCCUUUGAGUUUUCAGUAUGUGGCCCUUGCUGGAAAAAGUUUGGGCACUCCUGGCCUUUGUCUUAUUUCUGUCUUAUGUCUUAUUUUCUCUUAUUAUGUCUGUUAUAUUGGGUAAUAGGAGUGUAAAGGUGACUACAGGGGUUUUAUUUCAUGCCCAGAGGGCUCUAAUAAUGUUAAAAAGUGUAUUUAGAAUUUAGAAUGUGUAUUUAGAUAUGCUCUAACUAUGAAAAUAUUUCAUUGAUAAAUGAGGAAUUUUCACUUAUCACGGGUCUGGAGCCAAUGAACCGCCAUAAACCAAGGGCCGCGACUCAGAAACUGCAAUUUCUGUCCUGAAGCAUCGCUUAAAACAAACACACCAGCAAGUAGUCACAUGCAAAAAGUCCAGUGGACACAAUGCGUGUGCCUGUGUGCAGCCUACAAAGAGAGUGAAUGUAAUUUCAUCGCCAGGAGGUUGGUGCUCCAUGAAGCACAUGCACGUAGCCCCCACCGCCCCACCACAACCCCCCCAAAAAAUACAGCAGACUUUGUGUCCAUUGUGGUGCUGUAAUGGGGUGGAACAGAGUGAUGAGUAGACUACUCUCCAUGCUUCAUUACCUGUGUGCUUUUGUGUAGCACUGUGUUGUCUUUGGGUUGGUGCUCUCAGUGGAGAAGGAACUGUGCAUCAGUUCACUGCUGAAGGAAGAAUGCAAGCAGAUCAUGGCACGCCAGAAAUCUAACAGCCAGUCAGACUCGCACGACGAUGAGGUCUCUCCCCCGCCGCCCAACCCGGUCGUCAAGGCCCGCCGCCGCCGUGGAGGGGUGAGCGCUGAGGUCUACACCGAAGAGGACGCAGUCAGCUACGUGCGCAAGGUGAUCCCAAAGGACUACAAGACCAUGACUGCCUUGGCUAAGGCCAUCUCCAAGAAUGUUCUGUUUGCUCACCUGGAUGACAAUGAGAGGAGCGACAUAUUUGACGCCAUGUUCCCUGUCACCCACAUCGCUGGGGAAACCGUGAUCCAGCAAGGUGAUGAAGGGGACAACUUUUAUGUGAUUGACCAAGGCGAAGUGGACGUGUAUGUGAAUGGGGAAUGGGUGACCAAUAUUGGAGAAGGCGGUAGUUUUGGUGAGCUGGCCCUGAUCUACGGGACUCCCCGAGCCGCCACAGUGAAGGCCAAGACGGAUCUGAAACUCUGGGGGAUCGACCGGGACAGCUACCGUCGCAUCCUCAUGGGCAGCACUCUGAGGAAGAGGAAGAUGUACGAAGAGUUCCUCAGCAAGGUGUCCAUCCUUGAGUCUUUGGAUAAAUGGGAGCGUCUGACCGUUGCUGAUGCUUUGGAACCCGUCCAGUUUGAAGACGGAGAGAAGAUCGUGGUCCAAGGGGAACCUGGUGAUGACUUCUUCAUCAUCACAGAGGGAAUAGCCUCUGUUCUGCAGCGCAGGUCCGACAAUGAAGAGUAUGUGGAGGUCGGACGCCUCGGCCCCUCCGACUACUUUGGGGAAAUCGCCCUGCUGCUGAACCGUCCCAGGGCCGCCACCGUGGUCGCCCGCGGUCCACUCAAGUGCGUGAAGCUGGACAGGCCCCGCUUUGAGCGCGUGCUGGGGCCCUGCUCCGAGAUCCUGAAGAGGAACAUCCAGAGAUAUAACAGCUUCAUCUCCCUCACUGUGUGACAUGUUCAAAAAGCCACACCAGGGAUGGGGGGGGCUCCACCAGCAGGGGUGGUCGACACAACACGUUUGGGGGGGGGGGGGGUUUACAUUUCCAACGACAGGGUGCUCAUUUCCUGCCUUUUCUUUUUCUUGGAUUUUGCAUCUUGUUUCUUUGAUGGCGUGCACUUUGACUCCACCCGUGCUGUCACGUAGCUUUAAGGAGACGCUAGACGCCAUUCUGUCUUGCUAACCAUUCGUACGCGGCGUGCCGGCUGCGUGUGAUGCAUGCCUCCCCCACUGACAGAACCUCUUGCACUUUUCAUGCAUUUAUGAAAAAGAAGAAAUGUUUACGUGCAGCAGGAGGAAGCGAGUACACCUUUCCUUUUGCUUGCUCAUUGUGUUAGCCUUUUUUGGGGGGGGGUGAUGAUUUGGCUUCAGACCUGCACGACACAUUCAUGCAGGUAUGACAACUAUGUUGAUUUCUACUGCUGUUUAAAGGAAAAGUGCACUUUUUAAAAAAUGUUCGUCAUCCAGAAUUUUUAGGUGAGACAUGAACACACGCCUCUCCGUUUUCUAAAGAUAUAAGAACAGGUAAAAAGAGGCAGCUCAUAAUGCACGCAAUGGGACACACCUAUUGCGCCUAUGAAAACACCUCCAAAAAGCUCCAACAAGGUUUUGUGGUUUUCUAUCCAUGCUGUUAGCAUGUAGUAACGGGUACGUUCAUGAUAACAUGCUAUUUUGGGAACUUCCUUCCCGGGUGCAUUGAUUUCCCACAGCAACAUAGAAAGGAACGCUAAACCUAAACUCAAAAAACAAAAACACAGCAGUGGCAGCAGCUCCAAUAUGUAGCGUUACCUUUCGCUAGUGGCCUGAGGCACUGUGAGCCAGUGUGUGGUGAAGCUAGUAGCUAGCCGGUGUGGCGUGGCGAGGUGUCACUACGCCCGUAACGUAGUUCUUGGGCGUAACAAUGUUGAUAACAAUAGUAACAAUGUUGCUGUAGCUUGGUGAUGGAAAUGGAGUCUUGUUGGUGCUUUUUGGAGGUGGAAUAGAUGCGUCCCAUUAUGUGCAUUCUUAGCUGCCUUUUUUUUUUACCUGUUUUUAUAUCUUUAGAACACACAAAAAGAGAAAGACGAGUGCUCAUGUCUCACAUAUAUCCUCAUAAUAUUACAAAUGUAUUCUCAUAAAACUGCAACUUUUUUUUUCUUAGAAUACAACUUAUUUCUCUUAAUAUUUUCACUUCGUAAAAUUCCAGCUGUUCCAUUUCCAUUCCUGCUUGGGGGUUUUUGUGUAAUUGUCCAACUGUUUCAACUUUGUUCUUGUAAAUUUGCUUUUUGUAAUAUUAUGACUUUAUUUCCAUAAUAUUUUGGCUUUAUUCUCGUAACAUGACAACUUUCUGAAGCCUAAUUUUCCAAACAAAUCACCAUUUCAUUUGUUUUGUAUAAUUUUACAACUGUAGUCUUUCAACUGCGACUAAAAUGACAUAUCACACAUUUAGUCACAUAAAAUUGCAACUUUUUUCUAAAAUAAAAUAAAUAAAAAAUGGAUUUUUCAGGACUGUAGAUGAUGGGUAAAAUAAAAAAAUAAACUAAAAACUGCACUUUUCCUUGAAGUGUGAUUUGAUCCAUGUGUGGCGGACGUAUUCUCGUGGUCGAGGUGGCGGCGUGGGAGCGUUCAGUCCGGCCCCAGCAUACCGUACACACGCACACGUCUCAGGAUUUUCCAACAUGCACAUCUUACCUUGCCGUUCGUUGCUUGUUCUUCCUUUGCUCGCCCAAAGCUUUUGCAGUGUUUUGCUAGUAAUGCUGCGCAGUUUGAUUCCGCUCUUUCAACACGUCUGAGUAUAUAAAGGAGGUACAAAAAAGAUCUUAAGUGUAUGCUUUUCUUUGCUGUACUACGAUCUGUCUCACCCCAGCAGUUGAUGCGAUGAUGUGAAAUGAAAACUUGUUUUCUGUAGCGAUUCCUUUCAGCAAUCAAAGCAUCUUCAGCAAAUAAUAAAGAUGAAGCCUCUACAGCGUCUUUCAUUUGCAUGACUUCUGACCUUUCGCUUCUUGUACAUGUUCUUCUUGUAAUUAUACAUUUAUUUCCACAAUAAAUGUGACUUUAUUCUCGUAACAUUACAA